AUGGAUUAAAAUAUAGAACUUUAAAUACAAUGUUCAAUUAAAGAACAUGACAGUCAUGUUUAAUUAGUUUGUAUAAAUUAAGCAUGUUCAGCGAAUAGAGUUUAUUGUUUCUAAUGUCUUAGAAAUGGAGAUCACGCAGCUCAUCUAAUUGAUUAAUAUGAAGUAAAUAAAUUAAUUGAAAUGUUUCAAAAUAUUCAAAAAUAAAGCGAAAGUUUAAUUGAAAAGCUAAGCUUAAUGAUUGAGAAAAUUAAUGAAUCAUUGGCUUAAUUAAAUUAAGGAUUGAAAUAAAAGUACCAAAUAACAAAAUAGAGAUUAUAAAAAAUGAAUGCAAAUUAAUUGAAUUAAGCUCUUGAUUAAAUUGUUAAAUAUAGUGAAAAUACAAAAAUUGUACAAGAAUGUGUAGAAAAAUAUUCAAUUUAGUUGAUUAAUUAAUUAAACGCAUAAAUUAAAGAAUUGAAACUAAAUGAAAUAAAUUAUUCAGAAAUCACACAAGCGCAAAUCCUCUAAGCGGAGGAGUUUUAUUAAAAAGGUAUUAAAGAAUUAAAAAAAGGAUAAUUAUUGUCUGAAAAUGAUAGUAAAUAUGAGGAAGCUAUAAAUUAUUUUGAUUAUGCCUUGCUUAAUAAUAACAAUCAUUUUUUGUCAUUAGUUAUUAAAGGUAAUAAAUUCGUUUAUGUUAUUUAUUAGCUGAAAGUCUACGGAGGCUUCGUAAAUAUGAUGAUGCAAUUUUAUGGGCUGAUAAAGCAUUGGAAAUAGAUUCUAAGCAUUUGAGUUCAUUAUUUAAUAAAGGUAAUAAAUUCUUUUAUGUUAUUUAUUAGCUGAAAGUCUACGAAUGCUUGAUAAAUAUAAUGAUGCAAUUUUAUGGGCUGAUAAAGCAUUGGAAAUAGAUUCUAAGCAUUUGAGUUCAUUAUUUAAUAAAGGUAAUAAAUUCUUUUAUGUUAUUUAUUAGCUGAAAGUCUACGAAUGCUUGAUAAAUAUAAUGAUGCAAUUUUAUGGGCUGAUAAAGCAUUGGAAAUAGAUUCUAAGUAUUUGAGUUCAUUAUAUAUUAAAGGUAAUAAAUUCUUUUAUGUUAUUUAUUAGCUGAAAGUCUACGAAUGCUUAGUAAAUAUGAUGAUGCAAUUUUAUGGGCUGAUAAAGCAUUGGAAAUAGAUUCUAAGCAUUUGAAUUCAUUAUUUAAUAAAGGUAAUAAAUUCUUUUAUGUUAUUUAUUAGCUGAAAGUCUACGGAGGCUUCGUAAAUAUGAUGAUGCAAUUUUAUGGGCUGAUAAAGCAUUGGAAAUAGAUUCUAAGCAUUUGAGUUCAUUAUAUAAUAAAGGUAAUAAAUUCUUUUAUGUUAUUUAUUAGCUGAAAGUCUACGAAUGCUUGAUAAAUAUAAUGAUGCAAUUUUAUGGGCUGAUAAAGCAUUGGAAAUAGAUUCUAAGCAUUUGAGUUCAUUAUAUAUUAAAGGUAAUAAAUUCUUUUAUGUUAUUUAUUAGCUGAAAGUCUACGAAUGCUUAGUAAAUAUGAUGAUGCAAUUUUAUGGGCUGAUAAAGCAUUGGAAAUAGAUUCUAAGCAUUUGAAUUCAUUAUAUAUUAAAGGUAAUAAAUUCUUUUAUGUUAUUUAUUAGCUGAAAGUCUACGGAGGCUUCGUAAAUAUGAUGAUGCAAUUUUAUGGGCUGAUAAAGCAUUGGAAAUAGAUUCUAAGCAUUUGAGUUCAUUAUAUACUAAAUGUAAUUAAAAUAAAUAUUCUUUUUAUUAGCUGAUAGUCUACGAAUGCUUAGUAAAUAUAAUGAUGCAAUUUUAUGGGCUGAUAAAGCAUUGGAAAUAGAUUCUAAGCAUUUGAGUUCAUUAUAUAUUAAAGGUAAUAAAUUCUUUUAUGUUAUUUAUUAGCUGAAAGUCUACGAAUGCUUAGUAAAUAUGAUGAUGCAAUUUUAUGGGCUGAUAAAGCAUUGGAAAUAGAUUCUAAGCAUUUGAGUUCAUUAUAUAUUAAAGGUAAUAAAUUCUUUUAUGUUAUUUAUUAGCUGAAAGUCUACGAAUGCUUAGUAAAUAUGAUGAUGCAAUUUUAUGGGCUGAUAAAGCAUUGGAAAUAGAUUCUAAGCAUUUGAGUUCAUUAUAUAUUAAAGGUAAUAAAUUCUUUUAUGUUAUUUAUUAGCUGAAAGUCUACGAAUGCUUAGUAAAUAUGAUGAUGCAAUUUUAUGGGCUGAUAAAGCAUUGGAAAUAGAUUCUAAGCAUUUGAGUUCAUUAUAUAUUAAAGGUAAUAAAUUCUUUUAUGUUAUUUAUUAGCUGAAAGUCUACGAAUGCUUAGUAAAUAUGAUGAUGCAAUUUUAUGGGCUGAUAAAGCAUUGGAAAUAGAUUCUAAGCAUUUGAGUUCAUUAUAUAUUAAAGGUAAUAAAUUCUUUUAUGUUAUUUAUUAGCUGAAAGUCUACGAAUGCUUAGUAAAUAUGAUGAUGCAAUUUUAUGGGCUGAUAAAGCAUUGGAAAUAGAUUCUAAGCAUUUGAGUUCAUUAUAUAUUAAAGGUAAUAAAUUCUUUUAUGUUAUUUAUUAGCUGAAAGUCUACGAAUGCUUAGUAAAUAUGAUGAUGCAAUUUUAUGGGCUGAUAAAGCAUUGGAAAUAGAUUCUAAGCAUUUGAGUUCAUUAUAUAUUAAAGGUAAUAAAUUCUUUUAUGUUAUUUAUUAGCUGAAAGUCUACGAAUGCUUAGUAAAUAUGAUGAUGCAAUUUUAUGGGCUGAUAAAGCAUUGGAAAUAGAUUCUAAGCAUUUGAGUUCAUUAUAUAUUAAAGGUAAUAAAUUCUUUUAUGUUAUUUAUUAGCUGAAAGUCUACGAAUGCUUAGUAAAUAUAAUGAUGCAAUUUUAUGGGCUGAUAAAGUAUUGGAAAUAGAUUCUAAGCAUUUGAAUUCAUUAUUUAAUAAAGGUAAUAAAUUCUUUUAUGUUAUUUAUUAGCUGAAAGUCUACGAAUGCUUAGUAAAUAUGAUGAUGCAAUUUUAUGGGCUGAUAAAGCAUUGGAAAUAGAUUCUAAACAUCUAACAUCAAUGCAUACAAAAGGUCGUUUUACAUUUUAUUUUAUAGGUGAUUCAUUAAGACGAUAGGGUAAAUAUAUUCAAGCUCUUGCCCUUUUAGACUAAACUUUGAAAAUUUAACCAAAUUAUAAAUAUUCUUUAGUUAGCAAAGGUAUUUUUUUUUAUAUCGAUAGGUGAUUGUUUAAAUUCAUAAUAAAAAUACAAAGAAGCAAUCGAUUUUUACAAUUAAAUUAUAUAAAUCGAUCCAAAUUAAUAAUGGGUUUAAGCAAAGAAAGGUAAUUUACAUUUUCCUAUACAAAGCUGAAUGUGAAAAACUGUUAGAUAAUAAAUGCCAUAUCAUGUGAA